AUGAACACGAUCCUACAGCUGGCCGCAACACUCGUCAUCGUCAUCAUCGCUCGACUCCUCAUCCUCUUCUACCUGCCACAUUCUCCUUCUCCAAAAUCAAGAACGCAAGCUGCCAAAACAUGUAUUGUAAUGGGAUCAGGUGGCCAUACUGGUGAAAUGACACGCCUCCUAACACAUUUACCAUCACAUCAAUUCUAUCCUCGGUGCUAUCUUAUUGCGUCAACAGACACCAUUAGUGGGAGCAAGGCUAAGGAGUUGGAGCGGGAGGUGCUGAGUGGUGGUGAAGGACGUGAUUUUCGAAUCGUGUAUAUCCCACGGAGUCGAGAAGUGGGCCAGUCGUGGAUUUCAACUGUUGGGAGUACGGUGGGAGCGCUUGUGGCUUGUGGAUUAAGGUUUUGGGACGUAUGGCCUGAUGUGAUCGUAUGUAACGGUCCUGGAACAUGCAUUCCAAUCAUCUUGGUUGCUCACUUCUUCAAAAUACUCGGACUUAAGCAGACGGCAGUUAUAUUUAUCGAGUCGUUUGCACGAGUCGAGUCUCUGUCGCUUACGGGUCGAAUACUCUAUGUGACGCGGAUGGCAAACAAGUUUGUGGUUCAGUGGCCAGAGCUGCAGGAGCGGUAUCCCAGGAGUUUGUAUUCUGGGCGUCUUGUGUAG